AUGUCUCGAGGAAACAAUGCCCGGGACCUGGAUCCCCUGAUCGACCAAUUCCAGCACCUCAAGGACAAGAAGCGAGCAGGUGAGGCUCUGCAGAUGCUGAGAAAGAUCGCCUCUAUCGUCAAACCCAUCAUGCGGCAGCACAACUGGCGAGUGGGCACGCUGUGCGAGUUCUAUCCUGCUCAGCACAACCUACUAGGUCUGAACAGGAAUGCCGGUGAGCGCAUUGAACUUCGAUUACGGUAUCCCGGGGACGAAAACCAAUUCCUGCCCAUCGAACAAAUCAUCGACACUAUGCUCCACGAACUGUCCCACAUCGUCCAUGGUCCGCACGACCAACAGUUCCAUGCCCUAUGGGACAAGCUCCGCGAUGAGCACGCCGCCCUUGUCGCCAAGGGCUACACCGGCGAAGGAUUCCUCGGCAGAGGUGACAGACUAGGUGGGAAGCGCGUGCCGAUGGGGGAAAUGCGGCGGAGGGCUCGUGCUGCAGCAGAACAGCGUGCUGUGCGAACAAAGAACAGUGGUUCGGUGCUCGGUGGCGCUGGUGUGCUACGCGGCCAGCAUCCCAGGGACGCCAUAGCAGCUGCCGCGGAGAAACGAGCCCAGGCCGAACGCGGCUGCGCCAAUGGCACAGACGAAGGGAGAAAGAUCGCCGAGGGCCUCGUUGGUAGAGGUGGGCAGGUCACGACCACGAAAGCCGGUCAGGAGGAUGAGAACGAAGCAGCCUGGAUCCAAGCCAUGAUCGAAUUGGUACGAGAAGACGAAGCCGGGCUCUUCAACCAAGACCACAUGGACGGUGCCGACGGCUACAAUAAUCCAAACCCCACCGCGGCGGCCGUACGUGAAGAGCAAGCCAAUCUCGAGCGCAUGAUCAAGAAGCAAUCCCGCUCCCAAUCAAAGCCAACCCCAGCCGCCCCAGCCAAACCAACCCCACAAACCUGGACGUGCGACAUCUGCACACUGAUCAACCCAAUCGAAGAUCUAAUGUGCGGAGCAUGCGAAACGGAGCGACCAAGCAACACGUUCCCGACGACGUUCGCACCGCCACCGCCGCCAGCAUCGUCCGGGAGAAAUACCACACGGCCGAGCUCCGCUGCCGCGCGCAAAACCGACCAUCACACAAAUACACAUACAUCGCCGACGGCUCUGCAGCCGCGCCUCAACGCCAACGACUCGAUCGCCCGGAUAGAAUCCCAGGCGGCGAUGGCGAGGAAGAAGGCCCGGCCCAUGGGGUGGACGUGCCGUGGCUGUGGGAACUGGAUGGAGGAGAUGUGGUGGACGUGCGCGGCGUGCGGGACCAUGAAGGCGAGUUCUUGA